AUGGCGGACAAUCCCAUUCCGGGACCUUCAGUAUCGAAAAGAUUAAGGUUUAGGGAUCCUAGAAAUCUAAACGACGAAGAACUACGUCAAUUGGCAUAUCUUUCUGAAGAUUCCUUAGACGACGAACCAUUUGAAGACUCCGGAAGUGAAUGGAGUGGUGCAGAAGAUAUAAUCGAAGAGGCAGUAAACUCCUUGGAAAGCGACUCCGGGCAUUCAAAUGAUGAGGCGGAAGUCCCUUCAUUGAGCGAAAUGUGGACAGAGGGCCCUCCGCAAUUGAAAAAAAUUAUGUUUACUGGGCAGCAACGAUUGAAUGUACCAGUACCUGAUAGAAGGAGGCCCAUCGAUUUUUUUUCCUCCUCGUGGACGAUAAUUUUUUUGAACUACUGGUCCGAGAAACUAACAGUUACGCAGAAAUUGUGUUGCUGA